UUUCGCGCGGUAAAUUUUUUCCUGUUGAUUCACAUAAUUAUUUAUAAUGUCACGAUAAAGAUAAAUUUAUGCGGCUAUUUUGUGCUGUUGAUUGAGCGCACAUAUAUAAAGAAGACAAUUUGAGUUUAAGAAUUUACUUUACUAAGACGGAUCAUGAGAAAUACGUCGAUUGAAGUCUGAUUAGUUAAACAAUAAAUUCAAAAGCGCAAGAAGUAAUCGCAGCAGGCGAGAGUUAUUGGUGGUAUUGUAUUUUAUUUUGUAGGGAUAUCGCGCAAUAACAUUUACGUUGGAAAUUAUUCAAGAAAUGAUGCUAAUCAUAAUUUUAUAUAUAUUUUAGGUACCAAGUGGCACUCACGACGUAAAAUACUGACGCCUGCAUUUCAUUUCAAUAUAUUGCGAAAGUAUGUUGAUGUUUUAAUUGAGGAGGGACAACACAUGACCAAGACUUUAAAAGAUGUCGGUGAGACUGUUGAAAAGGAUGUAUUAACAUUUGCUUCUGAACAUACGCUGAAUGCAAUAUGUGAAACUGCCAUGGGUACCUCUCUGCACGAUCUUAAUGUAGCCAAAGAAGAAUAUCGAGAGAAAAUUCGACAAUUGGAUUCUCUUCUUGUUUAUAGGUUAUUGAGGCCCUGGCUCCUUUCCGAGUGGUUAUGGAAUUUGUCGUCCGCGGGCAGAUUGGAAAAGAAACUACUAUACCACUUUCAUGGAUUCACCGAAAAAAUCAUUGCGGAAAGAAAACUUUAUCACGAACGUACGAACGGUCGAUAUUUGCAAACUAUUGAAGACGAUAAUGUGACAGAAACAGAUGAUGUAGAAAUAUAUGGAAGUACGUAAGUGAAAUAUAAAUUUCGACA